GUAAUCGAUUAGGAAUUCAGUUUGCUUCCUCCCGCUUGCGAUUUGUAUUUUAUUUUUUCGCUUGGCACGCGCUGUGUGUAUUCCGUGAUUCCGGAUCCCGUGGAUCGUCUUGUGUAAUAAUUUAUUAUCAAUAAAAUAAAUUAUUAAAAGGCUUGUGUGUAUACGUGUCUGAAAAAAACAAAAAUAAAAAAUAAAAAAGGAAAAAGAAACAGCAACAGCAAAAAUAAAAUCACAAUUUAACAUCACCACAGCAGCAUACAUCGGCAGUAAAGGAAUAGUGCUGAAAAUUAAAGGAAAAAGAUUCAAUAACCGGCACCGCAACCAGAGACAUCAGUCUUUAAAUAUGUAUCGCGGCGAACGUAUGUGGCGCAUGUCGCACUCACUGCCCUCUGGCAUGUCACGUUAUGCGUUUUCACCACAGGACACAGAUUUCACGUCAUCGUAUCCAGGCCCCUCAGCUAUGAAUCCGCGCGGUGGGCGUGGUGGUUAUAAUGAUUUUUCAGGUGGCGGCAGUGCCAUGGGCUCCAUGUGCAAUAUGGCGCCAGCGCAUAGCACAAAUUCCAUCAAUAGUGGAGGAGAUGGUGGCGGCGGCGGCGAUCCCCAGGGCGUCAACGGUACCAAUUUAAUUGUGAACUAUUUGCCUCAAGAUAUGACAGAUCGCGAACUAUAUGCGCUGUUUAGAACGUGUGGUCCCAUCAACACUUGUCGAAUCAUGAAAGACUAUAAGACUGGCUACAGUUUUGGUUAUGCUUUUGUUGAUUUUGCUUCCGAAAUUGAUGCCCAAAAUGCGAUCAAGACUGUGAAUGGUAUUACAGUGAGGAAUAAACGUAUAAAGGUUUCAUAUGCCCGACCUGGUGGUGAAUCAAUUAAGGAUACCAAUUUAUAUGUCACCAAUUUGCCACGUACAAUCACCGACGAUGAACUGGAGAAGAUCUUUGGCAAAUAUGGCAGCAUUGUACAAAAGAACAUACUCAGAGAUAAACUAACCGGUAGACCGCGAGGUGUAGCAUUUGUAAGAUUUAACAAACGUGAAGAAGCCCAAGAGGCCAUAUCAGCUUUAAAUAAUGUUAUACCGGAAGGUGCCUCCCAGCCAUUAACUGUACGACUGGCCGAGGAGCAUGGCAAAAUGAAAGCUCACCAUUUUAUGAACCAGUUGGGUAUGGGCCCACCGGCAGCGCCCAUACCAGCGGCUGGGCCAGGCUACAACAACAUGGUGCACAGAGCGUAUAACUAUUCUGGACUUUUGGAUGGUUUUUAUCGCAAUAAAUCCUAUCACUAUCCCUAUUUAUAAUUCAGCCAUACUUUAGUGUAAAUAAUAGUUUAAAAAUAUAUAAAUUACUUAGUAUUACAUACUACAUAUUUAAUAACUUGUAUAAUGCGCUUAGGUUUAAAUUGUAUAAGGACAACUAAUUUUUAAAAAUAACUUAAUUUAAUUAUUUAAGCUCAUGCGUUAUGUUUAAAAAUUUACUAUUAUUUUUUUAUUAUUAUUAAAAUUUUGAAUAGGAACAACAACAACAACAACUAAGAAAGCAUACUUUAUAAAAGAAACUUGUGUAAAUUAAUAUGAUGCGACAAUUGUGUUGUUUUCUACAUGAAAGACUAAAAUUUGAUUUACUAGUAUUACAAAAAACAAAAAAACUAAAACAAAAAAGAUGUAAGUAUAUUUACUCGAUGUAAAUCCCUACACCACUGUGUUAUAUUAUUUUCUGAACUCAUUAUGUUGAAUUUUCAUAGUUUGUAUUUUGUUUAUAGUUUUAAUAAAACAAAGACUGGAAUUUUUUAAAUUUGUUUUUCUUUUCUUUUCUACUAUUAUCUUUGUUGUCAUAAAGGUUUUUGUCUGAUUUGAAAUUUUUGUUAAUUUUUUCCAUUUUCCCCUCAAGAGUGGCAUAAUUUAGAUAUAUCAACCUAAUUCUGUAAGAUUCAUGAAGAUGUCUGCAAACCUUCUUUAAUCUCCAUAUUGACAUUUAAGCCCUAUGGCUAGGCAGGGUAUCGGGUAGGUUAUAGGUUUUACUUUCCCUUUGACUUGUGAUUAUCACGCGAAUGGGACGUAAAACUACACAAAAAUCCGUCAUAAGAUUUCUGAAAUAAAACCAAAAAAGUUUUACACCGCAACAAAUUCGUUUUAACGCUUAGUAUGCGUGAUUGAAAUUGAGUUGAAGAAUUCAACUCAAAGGGCAGGUCUGUAUAACAAUCAUCUAUUGUAUAAAGAUAUGUGUCGAAAUGAAGUCAAUCUGGCAUGACUUAGCGAAAUCCCAUUCUAUGAAAAGCCAAGAUAAAAUAGAACAGUAAUGGGCACACUAACAUAGUUGAAAAAAAUAAUAAAUUGUGUUUUGUAUGGGGGGGCAGUUAAUCUUGACCAAUCAGCCAAGUGCAAAAAAAAAAACAACAAUGCAAUGUAAAAUAACAACAAUGCGUCGAGCGAACGAAGGCACACGAACUGCUUACACUAUUUGUGCGCUUCUAUUCGUUUUUUCUCUGCCUGCGUGCAUAGCAAUUUAUGUGCGGUUAUAUGUUAUUGCCCAUCUAUGAAAGAGAAUAUCGGUUUUUAGUAACAACAGCAAAAUAUUUGCUAAGGUAGCUCAUACCCUUUACUUGGCCAAAAUUAAGCGAAAUGCGAUAAAGAAGUACGCAAAAUGUAUGUUCAAGAAGUCUAAUCACAAAUUGGGUUUAUAUGGCAGGUACAUAUAAGUAAACAAGGAUCGAUAUAAACCACAGUUGAUAUGGGUUUCGAGAGAUUAAAAUAGAUUUAUUACAACUAAUGUCACCAAAAUCGUACAAAUCAAUAAAAAGUAAAGAAAUGGGCAAAGCCGAAUGCUAGAUUUGCACAACGUGCAAAAAUUUAAUUAUUUAAAGGCGCCAAUAGCCCGCCUUGCCAUACCGAGUAUCAUAGGCACUCAGUUUUAAUGCAAAGCUAGUCCCGUCCGGUCUCUCACUGAGUCUCUCCGCUCAAUACCGCUGAUUGUUUGCUACUGCCGUUGAAGCUACUCCGUAUGGAGCAUUCCACUAUCUGCAACCUGUGAAUGCUCCACGUAGCUCUCAGCUAAGCUUCUCGAGACAAUGAUGAACACCACACAGAUAGGAUCUCAAAGUUCCAGCCUGUAUGGUGCUCACAGCUAUCCCGUGCCGGCCCUAAUUAUUCUCCAUUUCAUGCACCUAAGUCGGUUGAAGUAUGGUAUUGUUACCAUCUAAGUGCCGUUGCCUGUUAGCAGCAAAGGCCGGGCCAGUAUAUAGGAAAUGCUCCAACGUCUUAUCAUCUUCCCCUCGUGCCCUACAUAUGCUAUCACUUGCCGCACUAAUUUGGCGUAAGUGAGCUCGUAGUUCAAUGUGUCCCGUUUUGAUACCGAAAGUUAUACUGAUCCCUUUUUUUACUUCCUUUCAAUAAUAGACUCGUCCUCCCACGAUCCGGAUCUUCUCAUAGGAUUUUCGUGGUCCUACCGAACGCUCGCAUCGAUUACGCCCUUGACUCGGACUUCGUCGAGACGCUAGAAAACCAUUGAUAUUCGCUCCAUGCGAUAGUUUCGAUAUUUUCCUUCAUAGUAUAUAUUCGAUAGUAUCGACAAAUUUGUUAAAUAUGUUAUGAAAUGUUAAAAGAAAACACGUAAAAACGUGUAAAUUCGACGAGCUUUGAAUAUCCACUAUGUACCUGUACAACAGCUAUACUCGAGCUAUAUUUGAAAAAAGAUUAUAUUAAAAACGCCUUACAAAUGUAUGUUCUGAGAACUCUAAACCCGGCUCUUGGGCCUUUCUGACCUAAUACUGUCACACAAAGUUGGCAUUUCCCACAUAGGCCCUUAACCCGGUGGCGCACGGGAUCUCACUGAGACUCUCCACUCGAUACCACUGAUUUUCUACGACUGCAAUUACAGUUACUCCGUAUGGAGCAUUCCACUAUCCGCAACCUGUCGACGCACCCGGUAGCUCUAAACUGAGCUUCUCAUGACAACAAUGAACGCCACAUAGAUCGGAGCAAAAAGUGAACGCCUGUGUGGUGCUCAUAGCUAUCCCGUGCCACUCAUCCAUAGGAGUGGCGAAAAUAUGACCGCCCGCGGCGUCGCUGUGCCACUUGGCUACUACGACUUAAAGUGUCUUACCAAUCAGGAAUAUACAUAUAUUUUUUGUGGGGUCUUAGACCAAUAUUACGAGGUGUCACAAAUCGAAUGACAAAGUUGGUAUACCCCCACUCCUAUGGUGGAGGGUAUAAAAAUGCUGCCAGCAUUAGUAAGGUGGUAAAAGCAGCAAACAAAUUUAAUUGAUGUUCUCACCAGUAUUUGAACCCAGGCGUUUUAUGUUGUAUCCAUAUUCAUAAAUUCACAAAAUUUCAAAUAUCUGUACACAACUGUCAAAAAAAAAAAAGAUUCUUUAGAUAGGGUUAUGGCGUUUUCGUUCUUAUUCGUCGAAAAUGUGUGUAUGCUACAUAGUCGUACAUCGGACUUUCCGACAGGGCAUCUCUGCUUAUAACUAUGACUAUGUUAUAACGGGACCAGGGGCCGUUUUGAAUCGGCAUUAAAUAGGAGGUCCCUUUUUGUUGAUUCUUUUUUCCGGAUGGACGGAAAUGGCUAGUUUGAUUAAUAUUUGCGAUGUGAUGCAGUCAAAAUGAUUUUUAUGGAAAUGUUUAAUUGAGAUAUUCUAUCUGUUUGACAAUAUUUAGCAAUACGAGUAUACAAAUUAGUUGUUUUAUUAAGACGCUUUCUGAGGAGAUGAAGUAGCGUUCAUCGAAACUAAUCUGUCAACCCUGCUCGCAACAAUUCAUAGUUUGAUAAGCUAUGAAAUCGUUUAAGACGAACGAAGACUUAAAAAAGCUUGACUAAUAAACAAUGUUCUUAGCUUGACUAAUGACUAACUAAAAAUACAACUAUUUUUAUUGGAAAACAAUCAGUGAACUCAUUAUGAACUUCUUCUAGAUUAUUCAUUAUGCAUAUGUUAAUGAAUAAAACUAUUAAAAAACGAAUGAAUAUAAUAAUAAUACUUAAUUGUUAAUUUUUUUCUUACAAAAUUAUUAUUCAAUAGAUUGGUAUUAAAAAAUAGAAAAUUUUUAUUUAAUUUUAUGCAAAGAUUUUUAUCUAAAAAAGUUAAACAUUUAAAUAAAAUCUUAAAAACACUACAAAAUGAGAAAAACCUAAAUCAGUUUAAAAAGUACAAAAAAAUAAUUAAUCUUUAAACCCUAAUUUUCUA